CCUCCUUCCCUUCUUCCAUCAUGGCUCCCUCUGCGGACAGGCAGGGACACUGGGGGCGGCCCACCUCCACGCUGGACUGGUGCGAGGAGAACUAUGUCGUGUCUUUUUACAUGGCGGAAUUCUGGAACACUGUCAGCAACCUGAUUAUGAUUCUUCCUCCCAUCUAUGGGGCCUUCCAGACUUUUCAGGAUGGCCUUGAGUUUCGUUACGUCUGUUCAUUCCUUGGACUGGCAGCUGUAGGUGUUGGUUCCUGGUGCUUCCAUAUGACGUUGCUUUAUGAGAUGCAGCUAUUGGAUGAGUUGCCAAUGAUUUACAGCACAUGCGUCUUUGUAUACUGUCUAUAUGAUUGCUUCAAGCAAGAGAAAAGCAUCAGUUUAUUCCCUAUUGCAUUAUUGUUAAUGUUCAGCGUUUUAGUUACUUUGGUUUACCUACAUUGGAAGGAGCCAGUGUUUCACCAGGUCAUGUAUGGUGCUCUAGUGGCUUGCCUAGUGUUGCGAUCUAUCUUCAUUGUUACAUGGGUGUACCCAUGGCUCAGGCCACUGGCUUACACGUCCCUAGGCAUCUUUAUGUUGGGAUUCCUACUGUGGAAUAUUGACAAUAUCUUCUGUGACUCAUUAAGAGCAGGUAGAAAAAUGCUGCCUCCUGGUGCUGGAGUUGUGACACAGUUCCACGCCUGGUGGCACAUCUUCACAGGUCUGGGAUCCUACCUGCACAUACUGCUCAGUUUGCAGAUUAGAUCAACCUACCUCAAGUAUAGACCAAAGGUUAAGUUUCUGUGUGGUGUCUGGCCAACAUUGCACAUUGAACCACAGAGAACGAGCUGAAACUACGGGACCAACCGUAGGAUGGUGACUGCCAAAUCCAGACAGCAUUGGCUUGGGGAUCUGCUAGUCCUGCCCUGUACCUGCUGAGAACCCAGCCAGCUCCUGGUGGCAGGAGAACCCCAGGGUGCUACCCUGGGAACCCUUUGGUUCGCUACCAUGGGGUUUUAAUAAGUACAGUGUAGCACUGAGUUUUUUUUGUGAGAAAUGGAACAUAGUUUUUCAUUAGUCGUAAUUUAUUAGACUAGCUUUUUACAAUUUUAUUAAAGUGCAGUUGUUUUAUUUGCUCAUCCAUUGCCAGUGCAGUGAGUAGAUGGUGUAAUCCACUGCAGUGUCUAGUACUGGAGGGGCAGUAGAUAUUAAACUGGAGUUUGGAAAUAGACAGAAGAACUGUUGUUAAAUCAAAAUUGACAUAUAGUUUCAUGUGAUUUUAAAUAGUCUUUAUCGUUUCAAUCUGUAUUGCCCUGUGAUUGACUUGAAACCUGUCCUGGGUGACUGCCUCUCACCCACUCCCCAUGACCCUGAAGAUAAUAAUAUGGAUAUAAAAAAUGGAUGAAUGGGUUGUUAUUUAUAUGUUUAAUCAUGUUUAAUCACGGUCAAGCUGCGUAUCGGUAUUCAGUUGUUUUGAAAACCCUCACUCAUUUCCUUGGCCAUGGGCUUAAUUAGUACACAACAUGCCAAAACUGGAAUGAUGCCUUUUCUUUAAUCGUAAUUAUUUUAGUUGCCAAAACUGCAAGAAAUUCAAAGAGAUACGAUGUAGUCAUUUUCCUUUUAUUUCACAACUUUGUAUUUUUCUUGGGUACACAGAUCAAGUUGAACCCCCAGUGCUUUAAAAUACACAAUAAAUCUGUGUGAGGUGGAGGGCCACAGGGGGUGGAGGUAUAUCAGAAUCAGAAUCUGUUAUUUUUAAUAAACCACUCAAUUGGUGUUUUAGUAGCUCCUGGAGGGUCUGAUCACUUUUUGUGAACGUCAUGCAGGAAGUAGUAUGUUUGUGGCUGAUAUUAUAAUCCUACUCUAGAAAAAGUGAGUUAGGCAUUAUUUACCAUGUUUCAAGAGCAACAUAUGAUACCUGGGGUUUUUAGAAUUGAAUCAAAGAACUGAGUGGACAAAGUGAAGGAAAUGGAGUAAUAGGAGCUGUUAUUUCCUGGCUCCUUUUUCUCUCCUGGUCAUUAUACAUCUCACCAACCUUCAUCAAGCAACAGGAUUAAAAUGUGGUUUCUGUUAAUUUAGGAAAUCCCUUUACCUAAAUGAACAGAGGAAUUAACAAUUUACAGUACUUUAUAUUGAUUACACUUAUUUAAUAGCCUUUUUUUUGGCUUUUUUUUUUUUUUUUCAUUUGUUGGAAUGUGAAAUGGCUCAUAAAGUACACAUUACAUCAAGAAAUACCUCUGAGAGACAGUUCCUGGUAUUGCCACGGGGCGUCAUAAAUCUGCAAGCGCUUUUGUGCGUUGGACAGCUAAGCAACCUACCUACUGUAGAGCUCCCGUGUCUUUGUCUCAGUAUUCAUGUACUGGAUUGAUGUGGCAUGAAAGGCUUCUCUCCUACAGUGUUUGUCUUGCUGCUGUGAAACAGUGGUUCUGUAACAAAAACACGAGCUUGAAGUAACUGGUAGGUUGGAAGAGACACUGGAGAAACUUUUGUGUGGCCUCCUCAACUGCUGUAUGCUGGAUUAUUUCCUGCGAAAACACAUUUGACAUGUUUUUCACGAUGCAUAAAUAUACUCAGGAUUCAUUCAUGCAUACACCCAGUGUUACAAACAUUCAUAAGCACAAUUUGUGGAAGAUGAGUAUUAGCAUUGUCUUUGUGGAAUCAUUACUGUAUGUGAACUCGAGAUUGCUGCUCAGUAAAGAUGAGCAGUCGUCAAAGAGGGUGCCUUAUCGUUAUCCUUGCAGUGUAAUCCAAGUUGCCUUGAUGUUUGUGAUAAAUCUGUCAAUUUGUUCCUUCUGUUUUGCUGUGUGCCCUUCCUCUGACUAUUAGCAGCUAAUGCAAUGACAGGAAAAACAGCUUCUUCAAAGGCUGUGUCUGAUUUUUGGGCCGUUUGUUUAUUUCAUGUGUAUAACAAUGUACACAAUGUUCUUAAGACGUUAACUAUAUAAAGGUUAAUUCUAAUGUGUGUCUAAUGUGUGAAAAACAUUCUGCCAACGUUUCAGUUGAACUGUGAUCAUGUCUUAGUCUUCUAUGAUGUCCUCUGUUGUCAAAUAAAUGAAACGUUUGACGUUACCA